CGACAACAGCUGAGUUUUUUAAUUUUUUGUUUUAAAAAAUUGAGUUAAUUUUUUUAUUUUGAAUAAUAUCAAGUGUUUGCAUUAGAAUGUAUUCGAUCAUCUGAACGAUCGGGAGCUCCGAAAUGCCCGAAGUAGAGCUAACCCGUACGAAAGUGUAAAGGGUGCGUUUUUUCAGAACAGAGCAGCGAUGAAGAUGGCGAACCUGGACGCAGUGUUUUCCUUCGUCAUCACUGAUUCGAAAGAUGAAUGUCAGACCGAACUUUUCCAUCUGAAGAGGGAGAUGUUCUACUUCGCGGAUAUAUGCGCUGGGCCUGGCGGUUUCGCUGAAUACAUCCUGUGGAGGAAAGGUUAUCCGUCGCACGGCUUCGGCCUCACGUUGAAGGGCAAAGACGACUUUCGCUUAGAAAAGUUUUUGGCCUCGUCUCCGGAACUGUUCGAGCCAUUUUAUGGCGAGGGCGGUGUCGAUGGAAAUGGUGACAUAACCAGCAGCGCUAACCUGCGCGCAUUUCGUCAAUUCGUAAUGACCGCUACGGCCGGGCACAACGGUGUUUCGUUGGUCACCGCUGACGGUGGCUUUUCCGUUGAGGGCAAAGAAAAUCUACAAGAGAUUCUUUCUCGAAGGUUGUACAUAUGCCAGGCGUGCUGUGCGUUGUCAAUCUUGCGACCGAAUGGCAACUUCGUAUGCAAGCUCUUUGACACUCUGACCGCGUUCAGCGUCGGCUUGCUGUAUCUUUUGUGGCGAUCCUUCGAUCGAGUCUGUCUUCACAAGCCGAAAACCAGUCGUCCGGCAAACUCUGAAAAGUACGUUGUGUGUAUUGGAUACCGAGAUAACAGCAAUGUGUGGAAGUACCUGUUGGAAGCGAAUGCCAGGUUUGACGAAGUUGCCAAGGAAGAAUGCAAAGACAUCGUGCAACUGGUGCCACCGGAAGUUCUUCAGGAGGACCCAGCUUUCCUCAACUACAUCCGAAGCAUGAAUGAAACGUUUGCCAGCCGACAGACGUAUUAUUUGCAAAAGUACAAAGUUUUUGCUCAAAACAUUACGCUCGAAGACUAUCGACAAAGUGAUCUCAGGGCAAGAUGUUUGGCAUACUGGAAGAUUCCAGAACUUCCGAGACCACCGCCUCCCCGCCCUUCACCGAACAUGAAAUUUCAAGAGAUCUGCGGCCCUGAAGACCCUCAAUGGGUAAUGAGUCAAGGGACGCCGUUUCAGCUGUCGAAAUUCAGCCCGCGUCUCUUCCUUACCUGCUCCAGAAAACCUGUGCUGAUCAUUGCUCUCGGCAACACGUUUAUAUUCCAGUAUGAAGACGGUCGAUGGCAAGAUCCUCGCGCUAAAGAUUACAUACGCUUCACUCUGCAGAUACCAAGGGAUUCGCUUCUCAUAGCCGAUAUGACGUACGAGUACAGAGGCGAAGGCAAAACCAAACAGCAGCGUAAGAUUUUGCGGAUACUUGACUGCUUUUGCUUGGGAGGGCUAAAUGUCAGUACAUUGCCGUAUAUGGAAAGGAUGCAUCGGGCAAAAUUAUUCUGCAACAGCAUAAGCAAACAGCACAGUCGUUCUGACCUGGCGAUGGUGGUCACAGCUGAAACGAUGGAUUACGCUCAAGUGUUUCAGUCUCUUUCUCGAUUUCGUGUAGAAAAAAUGCAUGGUCAGCAUGUGAUCGUUAUGGACAACUACCCAAACAAUGGAUACAUCAUUGUUGAUUACCUCAUUUCUUUUCAGAUUCUGAAAGGUAUCUUAUAG